UCUAUAGAGUUUAUCUACACGAACACAAUAUUGGCAAUAUGAAUAUUCAUUACCUACAUUUACACCAAUGGAGAGUUUAAAUCAGCACACGGUGGUUACAUAUACGGGUAUAAAACUUAUCCUCGUGUAACUUUACCACAUGACUUUGGAAAGACGAAUUAGAUCGUCAGUCAUAGAAAUAAGCGACAUUUUAAAAAGUUCUUUUGAAAAGAAUUGCUAUGGAGAACAAGAAUGUAUAUGUACGAUGGAUCUCCGCUAUAACAUUGUUGGCUGUGAUUAGCUGUUUUGUACCGGUUCGAUGUGGUAGUUACUGCUCUUAUUCUCGUUCCUACUACUGCUCUUACUACGGAAAUACCCAGUAUUAUGAUAGUGUUAAAUUAAUAGGGAAAAUGGCUGGUGGUAUAGUCGGCGGGAUUGCUGGAUUUGCUAUCUUAAUGUGCUCAGUGACGAUAAUAAUAGUUAAAGUCUGCAAGAAAACAAACCACGGACGAAUGGUUAUCCAGCCAGCUCAACCACCUGUCUCCUACAUCGAUGCAGCACAACGUCUAACUGUUGGUCAACAUGACCCGAAUUCAACCCGACUGCAUUCCACACCUUCAAUCCAGGUACAACCCGCGAUUCGUGGUGAAGAAGAGUUGCAUCAUGUCUACUAAGGACAGCCCACACCUGUACACCAAGGACAAUUCUCAUCUCAAAAUCUAGGAGAUAUCUCAUCUCCCAGUCAAGGACAAAUGUCAUCUCAAAAUCAAGGACAACCAACACUUUCCAGUGAUGGACAGAUUUCAUCUCAAAAUCAAGGACAACCCACAUUUACAAGCCAUGGAGAGACCACAUAUCCGAGUCAAGGAGAUAUCUCAUCUCAAAAUCAAGGACAACCAACACUUUCCAACUAAGACCAGACCUCUCACCACCGUUAAUAACAACAAACAUUUUCCAACAGAGGACAAAUCUCAUUUAAUAAUCAAAGACAACCAAUACCUCCAAACUAAGGAUAAACCUUACCUCACCAUAAAGGAUAGUCCUCAGCUGCACUCUAUCUCCCAGACAAUCGAACAAGAGGUGCGAAAUGCACCCUGGCGGAUCCGGAUUAACUACAUGCAAUCGUGAAACAAUCUUGUAAGAGUGUUUAGAAAAGGGAGGGGAAAAUAUGAAUGACAUCCAGUACCGUUGAAGAGUGGAAUGUAUAUGUGCAAUAUUUUGACAUUUCAAAGGAACAAUGGUUUAUGGUGAAAACAAUUAAUUCAUCUACAGUGUAUCAUUUUGCAUGGUCACUUAGUUUCGAUGAUAUACAAUUUAUGAUAUACUUACAGUUUCAAAAUUGUAUGUAUGGUAGGUUUACAUUACAAGCAAUCUGUAAUCACAAUGUUGAAUGUGAUUGUGUUUAUGCUGAUGUAAUUGCUAUUAAUUAGGUGGGACAUGCAUUAUUUCAUUUUAAUGUUUGCCAUUUGAAACAAAUUCUACACGCCUCUGCUUGCCUUUUUUCUGCUAAUGUGUCGCAUCUUCUCCAAAUGCACUGAAUUUGAUAUUGUUUUAUCUAAAUGAGACUGAUCCAUCGUUUCAAUAAACGUGAUAUACAUAUAAUACACCCGUGGAAUACAACUCGGGGUACAUCCCUGUUGGGGCCUGGAUAACGAAUUCAUUUCUUAUGUAACCAAAUGAACUCGCUAACAAGGUCCAGUCACAUGUGGUUGAAAAAUGAUAUUAUUUAUUUACUGAUUAAAUCAUGUUGAAACUAC